AUGAGAAAUGUUGUACUAAAGAAGGAGAUGAAGUUCCCUAAUGUAAAGGUGUUCAGAGCUGCUUUGAGGGAGUAUGCAAUCAAAAAACCUAUUGACAUCAAAUUCAAGCUUAAUGAAAAGACCAAGAUAUCAGUUCACUGCAAGAAUGGGUGUGGGUGGAGAUGUUAUGCAUCUCAAAUAAGUGGAGAGCUAACAUUUCAAAUUAAGACCUUGACUGAUGACUGUACUUGUCCCAAGUCUUUCAAAAACAGCCAAGCAACAUCAGCUUAUGUUGCUAAGAGGUUCAUUGAGGAUUUUAGCAAAAAUCCAAAUUGGGAGGGGCUUAUACCUGCAAUAGAGACACUAUUCCCUACCGUGGAGCAUAGAUACUGUGUGAAACACAUCUACAACAAUUUCAAAGUUGAUCACAAGGGAUUGGAGUUGAAGGAUGCAUUGUGGAGGUGUGCUGCUGCCACAAUAGUAAGGGAGUUUGAGAGAUGCAUGCAGUACGUAAGGGAUUUGGAUGAAAAGGCAUAUGAGUAUCUUGCAAACAUUGCACCUGCACAGUGGACAAGGUCACACUUCACUCCUAGGGCCUUAACAGAUUGUUUGGUAAAUAAUUUGAGUGAGUCUUUUAAUGCAAUGAUAUUGAAGUCUAGGGACAAGCCUAUCUUGGCAAUGUUGGAGUGGAUUAGGGUUAGACUUAUGACUAGGCUUUACACAAAAAGGGAAGGGAUACAGAAGUAUGCUGGAAAGUUGUGUCCAAGCAUACAAGAUAGGUUGGAGAAAUUGAAGGUUGAAAGUAAGGCAUUUAGUGCUACCCCAGUUGGUAGUUUCCUUUAUGAGGUAGGCAGUCAGUAUGAGAGGCAUGUAGUUGAUUUGGUGAAGAAGACAUGUAGCUGUAGGUCUUGGGAUUUAAAUGGCAUUCCCUGCAAACAUGCCAUAACAGCCAUUUAUACACACAUUGAGACACCAGAAGACUAUACCCACCCAUGCUACUUCAAAGAAACUUACAUGGAGAUAUACAAGGAGGUACUUCCUCUCAUGCCUGGCCAAUCAGAAUGGGCUGAGACUGGACAGCCUGCUCCCCUGACACCUCACAUAUACAAACCACCAGGCAGAUCACCCAAGCAAAGAAAGAGGGCUUCUGAUGAGCCUAGGAACCCUUACAAAGCAAGUAGACAGAACAGACCUGUAAGAUGUGGGAAAUGCAAAAAGGAAGGGCAUAACUCAAGAGGGUGCAAGGCUGGCAUCACUGGGGAGACACCAUGGCAGAGGAGACAGAGACUUCAAAGAGAAAAAGUUGCAAGGGAAGGGGUGCCUGCACCUAGAUCUGCACCUCAGCCUGCACCUCAGCCACCAUCCCAGCAGCCUACCCAGACCUACAACAUGAUGUCUGCCACUCAGCCUUCAUCCUCACAGCAAGGAAAUCAACCUAGGCCAUCUCACAAGAGAGCAGGAUGGUUCUCUUCCUCACAACCAGAGUUUCACACACCUAGGGAGACCUGGGAUACCUUACCAAGUUCUUCACAGCCUUCACAUGCAAGUGGGAGCACUGGUGGUGUGAGGACUAGAGGACAGCUUGCUGCACAAAGGCCACCAAAAAUGAAUCCAGUGGGUGGAAAGAGGAAAGAGUAAAGGCAAGAAAUGAAUGAAGCUAGUAGGUACGCAUGCCAGCAUUGGGAGUAAAGCUAGUGGGAA